UGAAGCACACAGCCUCAUGCAGACUUGCCCACUGUGAGCUGACCUGCAGCGACCAAACGAACCCCGUUUGUGCACCCUCCUCUCCUGGCCUUUGUGGCCUCCUUGACUAACAUGGGCUCUCUUGUCCCCCUGCCUUGGUACAGGCCCAGUUUGAACUGGCCUUUGUCGUCCGCUACAAGCCUGAUGAACAGCCCUCACUGAUGCCACACCAUGAUGCCUCCACCUUUACCAUCAACAUCGCCCUGAACCGAGUCGGGGUGGACUACGAGGGCGGGGGCUGUCGGUUCCUGCGAUACAACUGCUCCGUCCGAGCCCCGAGAAAGGGCUGGACCCUCAUGCACCCUGGACGACUCACACAUUACCACGAGGGGCUCCCCACCACCAGGGGCACCCGCUACAUCGCAGUCUCCUUUGUCGAUCCCUAAUUGGCCAGGCCUGGCCCCCUGGGACCUUUCUUCCUUGCCAACAACCACUGCUCAGCAGCCUCUGGGAUCUUGGAGUCCCAGGGAACCCAGUCCAGCCUCCUGGCUCUUGACUUCCAUUGCUCUUGGAACCACCAAUCAGAGAGAUUCCUGCAGACUAAAGGCGGGACACACCUCCAUGGCUGGGGCUCUCCGUGGUGCUCUGGACCCAGCACUUGGAGACACCAUUCACUUUUACUGCUUUGUAGUGACUCGUCCUCUCCAACCUGUCUUCCUGAAAAACCACAUCCCCCUACCUCCACCUCUUCCAUGGGGUGAGACUUGACAGAACAGGGGCUUCCCUAAGUUGCCCAGAAAGACUCUCUGGGUGAGAAGCCACGGCCAGAGCUUCUCCCAGGCACAGCUGUAGCACCAGGGACUUCUGCUUCAAGUUUUGGGAUAAAGACACCUGGAUGACACCCAAGUGGCCGCACUGAGUCUGGGACUUCUGACUCCAUGGCUGGUCAUGAGAGCAAACCGUAGUCCGCUGGAGAUGGUGACUCCAGAGAACCUUUUGGGAGACAGAAGAGGCAUCUGUGCACAGCUGAAUCCUCCACUUGCCUGGGGGGAGGGGAAUGACAGAUCCACACACUGCACUGGGUCAUCCUGUCCUGGAUGCCUCUGGACAGAGGGACAAACUGUCAGAAACUGGAGAGUUUCUAUUAAAGGUCAUUUAAACCACUGAA